AGCAACCAGUCAAGAGGUAUUCUGUUCAGUUGCCACAAUGGAAGUCUGUGUACGUACUCAUACAUUUCGCUUUAUUUACCAUCGGAUACCAAGAACUGAUGGCAAGACAGUCUAGUCUGUCUCAGACAUCUGUGUUAAUAUUCAUUGCAUAUUGUUUCUACAACCUGACAUGCUUCGGUCGUUUGUUCGACGACAGCAAAUCGGCAAACUACUAUGAACUGACAAGAUGUGUAUUGUUCCUGGUUGGUGAAAUGGCCGCGUGUAAAUUGGGACUGUAUGGUGAGAAGGGAUACAGGCCGUGGUUCAUGCACGGAUUUCAAUGGUGUUUUGCUUUCUCUGUUGUCAUUUGGAUAGCGCAGAUAUUGACAGCGGGAAAUGCAAAAGAGGAAAUAAGACACACAGAAGUUCAUGCGAAGAAAGUGCAAUAAAUAAAUUGAAGUUAUAUGAACUAUAAACACCAGACAAGACAGUGUUUAGUUUAUCAUCCUAGGCCAAAUGAUAUUAUUUUCUGCUCUUCUUUAUUUCAAAAUUGUAAAUUUUCACAAAAUUUGUAUAUGUUCUGAUUUUUUUUAAAUGAACAUUAUAUCUUGACUUUUUGUAACAAGAGCACAUCGAAUAUUGUUACAAUUGACACAAAGUGCAUUUCUAUUAUUUUUUAUAAUGUAAAUUAUGUCGUAUAAACUAAACAUUGAUUGCUGGAGCGUAACGGUGCUAACGUGUGACUUUCUUUCUGUGAUAUAAUAUUUUGAUUAUAUUUUAAGUAUAUUUUUAGUUUAAUUGAACAUUGCUGCUAAAUAAAUGAAAUGAAAUUA